AACAAUAUUGAAACUUAGCGAUAAUCUUCACCACACAAUAAGCUUUUUCCAUUUAAUAUUCAAUCUCCUUAUCUUUUUCCCAGAAAAAAAAAACAAGAACCCUUUAUCUGUUACUUUGCCGGGAAAAUGGCCGGAGAAUAUUCCGGGAGCCGCAGCUCCAAUACACAACUUCUCGCAGAACUCGAAGCUCUGAGCCAAACCCUUUACCAGAAACCUCAGAUUCCCGCCGGCGGUAAUCGGAGGACGGCUUCCCUCGCUCUCUCGCGCAGCUCCGUCCCUUCCGUCGUUUCGUCAGCGGAUGACGUCAGCACGGCUCAAGCCGACAACCUCGCCGUGUCGCGUCCUCGGUCUCGGCGUCUCUCUCUGUCCCCGUGGCGGUCGAGGUCGAAACUCGCCGAGGAGGAGCCGGAGAGAGAAGUGAAGGUCACGAGAUCGAGCUUGUUUCAGAAUAAGAGCAUUAAUAAAACAGAGGAAUCGGCGAAGGAGGAGAGGAGAGGGAUAUGGAACUGGAAGCCGAUUCGUGGGUUGUAUCGAAUCGGGAUGCAGAAGCUGAGCUGUUUGUUCUCCGUCGAGGUUGUGGCGGCGCAGAACCUGCCGGCGUCGAUGAACGGUCUCCGGCUGGGCGUUUGCGUGAGGAAGAAAGAAACCAAAGACGGUGCGGUUCAGACGAUGCCGUGUAGGGUUUCUCAGGGAUCGGCCGAUUUCGAGGAGACACUGUUCAUCAAGUGCCACGUGUACUACUCGCCGGCGAACGGGAAGGGUCCGGCGAAGUUCGAGGCUCGUCCGUUCAUGAUUUAUCUGUUCGCAGUCGACGCGAAAGAGCUCGAGUUCGGGAGGAACGUGGUGGAUUUGAGCGAGCUGAUUCAAGAGUCGGUGGAGAAGAUGAACUAUGAGGGAGCUAGGGUUCGUCAAUGGGACAUUAGUUGGGAUUUGUCUGGUAAGGCCAAAGGAGGUGAACUGGUUCUGAAAUUAGGGUUUCAGAUCAUGGAGAAAGACGGAGGCGCCGGGAUUUACAGCAAAUCGGGCGAUUUCGGGACCAGAUCACCGAGGAUUUUCUCGGGUUCCGUCGCACGCAAUCAAUCAAAAACCUCGUUUAGUGUCCCGAGCCCUAAGUUAACAAGCCGGAGCGAGGCUGGAGGGAUGGAACCCGUAUCGGAUAUCCAAAGGAUCGAGCAUUUGAAUUUGGAUGAACCCGAGGAAAAACAGCUCCAGAAAACAGAGGAGCCGAAACAGGGAGUUGAAGAUGAUCUGCCCGAUUUCGAGGUUGUGGAUAAAGGAGUUGAGUUUGACGAAGACAAGGAAACUGAAAAAUCCGACGGAACGGUCGGGGAAAGGUCAUCCGAGAUCAAGGAAAUCGUGAACGAUCCAACGCACAUGUUGCGAUUAACCGAGCUGGAUUCGAUCUCGAAGCAGAUCAAAGCACUUGAAUCGAUGAUGAAAGAAGAUCAUAUCAGAGUGGACGGAGGGGAAGAGACUGAAACAGAGUCUCAGAAGCUAGACGAAGAAGAAGAGACAGUGACAAAGGAAUUCCUUCAGUUACUUGAGGACGAAGAAACCCAAGAACUCAGACUCUAUCAGCAUAAAAUGGAGAUUUCUGAGCAAAUAAUGGAUGAAUCAGUGGGAUCUGAAUCCGAAAACUACCUCAUGGAUCUCGGGAAAGGGAUCGGCUGCGUGGUUCAGACAAGAGAUGGAGGCUACUUAGUCGCGAUGAACCCUUUCGACACCGUGGUCUCGAGGAAGGAUCCUCCGAAACUCGUUAUGCAGAUCUCGAAACCAAUUGUGGUUCUGCUCUCGGACGGCGAAUCAGCUACUGGGUUUGAGCUAUUCCACAAAAUGGCGGGUUUUGGGAAAGAGCUAAACUCGGUGAUAUCGUCACUUAUGCCGAUGGAUGAACUGAUGGGAAAGACUGCAGAGCAAGUAGCCUUCGAGGGAAUCGCCUCGGCGAUCAUACAGGGACGGAACAAAGAGCUAGCCAACACGAGUGCAGCACGAACUCUGGCUGCAGUGAAAACAAUGGCUAACGCAAUGAGUAACGGACGAAGAGAACGGAUCUUGACUGGAAUCUGGAAUCUCGACGAGAAUCCCCUGAGCCCCGAAGACGUUUUAGCCAUCUCCUUGCAGAAACUGGAAGAAAUGGCGAUCGAAGGUCUGAGAAUUCAAGCUGAUAUGGCGGAAGAAGAACCACCAUUCGACGUUGCAGCGGCCAAAACGCAUGAGAGUCCUCUGAAAUCGACGGUUCCGCUCGACGAGUGGCUCAGUAACAGCUCCAAAGACAGGCGGAAACUGACCCUUAUGGCGAGAAUUCAACUCCGGGAUCCAAUGAGGCGAUACGAGGCUGUAGGAGGGCCCGUGGUCACGGUGGUCAAAGCCGUGGCAGAGGCGGCUGACGAGGAGAGAUACAAGGUUGGGAGUGUGCACGUGGGGGCGGUGAAGCCACCAUCCGAGGCGGCGGAGAGGCGGAGGCUGACAGCGGCUCAGUGGCUUGUGGCUUACGGAAUGGGGAAGAAAGGGAAGAAACAGAGUGUACGGAAGGAGGAGGAAGAGGAGAUGAUGUGGAGCUUGUCGUCGAGGGUUAUGGCGGAUAUGUGGCUCAAGACUAUCAGAAACCCUGAUGUGAGACUGCAGAGUUGAAGAGGGAGAGGGAGAUACACAAGUAGAUACACACAUACGUAUAUACGUAUAAAGUAUAUAUCUGUCAGGUGUGUGUAGACGAAGAGUUCCGUCUCAAAGGGUUGUGCUUUCUCUACGAUAUACUGUUUGGUGCGUUGAUUAUUUGUGAUUAUUCAUUGUUUUGAAAGUUUCAAAUAAAAUGCAACAGCGAGAUUAAAGUGGAAUA